AUGCCAGCCUUGACGGUGCGCGCCCAGCGGCAAAGAAUUUUCAAGGCCGUCUUUCACACCGAUUUAUCACUGCCCACGCCACUGCUAUCCUCAUCGGCACCCGGCGAACCGUUUGGCGGGCCACCGCUCGCCACCAAUAACGCGUCGACGCGUGGCAGGCGCUCGGCCGGCAACGAUGCCGGGCUGUCGGACCAAGUGAAAUGGGACCGGGCCUGGCAUCUGGUCACAUCCCGUAUUCAACUUCCCUCUUCCGUCGCCAUCGAAGAUUCCUUUGGCACGCUGCCGCCCCAGUCGCAGGACGGCGAUUCAGGUUUCUAUGAGGCACUGCCAAUCGUGCUUGAUCCAGCAACCAGUGUGCCCCGCGCAACGCACACUGAAGACAUCCUGCUGUGGCACGCACGCCAAGUUCGGCAGCAUUUUGUUCACCAUGUCCUCCCGCUGCUUGCUGCCUGCGCCGGCCUCGCGGAUACGUCGCAGAUUGUGACGAGCACGGUGAAUACCCUGGCCGCAGCCCACCGACAAUAUCUCAAUGGCCUGCUGCUCAUCGUAAGAGGUAUCUCUGAUGAAGCUGCUUUGGAGACGGCCACCAGCACCUUCAGGCGAGACUUGCAUGCCGUCAUUGGCAAUUCAUGGACCCAAGGUCUCAUCAAUGCCCUCAACCCUGCACUCGCGCGAUUGCUGCGCACCAUCUUGAGCAUCGGGCGGCGCUUUGAUGGCAGGCAUGAUUUUGAGGAUCCCAACGCAUCGACCGCCCGAAAAGAGCUAUUGAGCCUUCUAGAGUCGUUGCAAAAGGUCGGUCUCGCCGGAGACAAGUUUCAGGUGCUGUUUGCAGAGUUGAUGGAUAGUUGCAUGCACGAAUUCAUUCAGACAGCCUACGCCCGAGUCUGGGGCGCAAUCGAGGUCAAGGACCCAAACACGGGAUCGGUCCUGCCCGGCUGCAUGGCGCACCUAUGUGACUGGGUGGAAAACCAAUAUGGGCGACUGGCUGUGGAAGUCUUUGGCCAGCUCGGAGGCCAGGUGAAAUGGGCCGAUGUUGAGCAGUGGCGUGAUAUUGCCAUAGGUCGUCUGGCAACGCUGCGAAUACACGAGCUCUUUGACAUUGUUCUGCACUGGCCCGAGACAAGAGGGGGCCUUGAUGAUUUGGGAUACUCUGUUACAACACCCCAACGACGCCUGGCAUUGACAGACACCUUCUCAGCCGCCCUACAGCAUCGGCUGCUCCACCCAGGCCGGUCUACUCUGGAAAUACUGCAGACAUACAUUUCCAUGAUUCGAACCUUUCACGCACUCGAUCACUCAAAAGUGCUUCUUGAUCGAGUAGUGCACGCCUUGCAGCUCUACCUUUGCCAAAGAGAUGAUGCGAUACAAAUUGUAGUUACGGGCCUCCUCGCAAAUCCCGAAGGCAUCAAUGCUCUCGAGGCCAAAACGAAGCUUGUCGAGCUGGCCGUUAUUAUGAACGAAGCGUCUCAACUGCAAAGAAUAGCGAUUGAUGAGGAGGAUCUUGGAUGGGACGACAUGAACUGGGUCCCAGAUCCCGUUGAUGCCGGCGUAAACUACAAGCGCCCUAAGAACGAGGACGUCGUUGGCACGCUGAUCAGUGCGCUUGGCUCGCAAGACAUAUUCAUCAAGGAAUUUCAGCACAUUAUAGCAGAGCGACUGUUGUCGAAACAGCCUGGCUUCCAGCAAGAGAUUAAAGUUCUAGGACUGUUGAAGAAGAGGUUUGGCGAGCACGCGCUGCAAAACUGUGACGUUAUGGUCAAAGAUAUUCACGAUUCCAGGCGGGUCGACGCCGUGUUGCGACGCAAAAUCCGCAGUGCGCAACAGCCCGGCGCUCCAGGUCUAUCAUACCACUCCAAGAUCUUAUCACGUCUGUUCUGGCCUAGUCUGACAAAGGAGACGUUCAAGGUUCCUCGGCCUGUCGCAGAAAUCCAAGCACAAUACGAGGCUGGUUUUGAGCAACUCAAAUCAUCUCGGAAGCUUGGAUGGCUAGAUAACCUGGGCACGGCGACAGUGAGUCUCGAGCUCGAGGACCGCACCGUCGAGCUCGAAUGCAAGACGUAUGAAGCUGCAGUGAUUUUCGAGUUUCAAGGCGACGGAACGCAGAGCGACACGGGCGCACAGCAGCGCACUUUUGAAGAGAUUUGGCAGAGCUUGUUGAUGGAUGAGGAUGCCCUCGAACUUGCGCUUCGGUUCUGGAUGACGAAGAAGGUUCUCAAGAAUGUCGGUAAUCGGACGUACGUGGUUCUGGAACGCUUGGAUUCUGAAGCAGCCGUAGCCGAUGCUCAUGACGAUGGCUCCGUCGACGAGGGCAUAGAGAUCUCUGGCAGUGUCUCCCCGAAGAAAGCCAAGGUCAUGGAUGCGAAGGAAGCAGAGCGGCGCACUAUUUAUUGGCAGUUCAUCCUUGGUAUGCUGACAAACUCGGCACCAGCCAUGCCACUCAGCCAAAUUGCCAUGAUGAUGAAGAUGCUCAUCGCGGACGGAUGCCACUGGAGCACCGAAGAGCUGCAAGAGUUCUUGGAAGAAAGAAUUAUGGCUGGGGAGCUAGAACUGGCCGGUGGCAAAUAUCGGUUACCCAAGAAGUGA